GCCAGUCUGCGAUCAGUACGGAGCAACUUCACCAUUCUUGCCAACGUCUCACCAGUCAAGCGGUCUCCGGUGGGGGGGCCGUGUCUCAGCCCCCGCGAGGCGCUCUCGGAGCAGCAGUACCAGCAGCUGGCUCUGGACACUCUGGAGGAGCUGGACUGGUGUCUGGACCAGCUGGAGACCAUCCAGACGCACCGCUCCGUCAGCGAGAUGGCCUCCAACAAGUUUAAGAGGAUGCUGAACAGAGAGCUGUCCCACCUGUCAGAGAUGAGUCGCUCCGGCAACCAGGUGUCAGAAUACAUCUCCAGCACCUUCAUGGACAAGCAGAACGAGGUGGAGAUCCCGUCUCCCACCCUGAAAGAUAAAUCCAUGAGUCACAUCACCGGUGUGAGGAAACUCUGCCAUAGCUCCAGCCUCUCCAGCUCCUCCAUGCCUCGCUUCGGCGUCAACACAGACCAUGAGGACGAGCUCGCCAAGGAGUUGGAGGAUCUGGAUAAGUGGAGUUUUAACAUCUUCAGUUUAGCAGAGUUCUCCAACAACAGACCCCUCAGCUGCAUCAUGUACACCAUCUUCCAGGAGCGAGAGCUGUUGAAGACGUUUCGUAUCCCCGUCGACACGUUUGUCACUUAUGUGAUGACCCUGGAGGACCAUUACCAUGGAAACAUACCGUACCACAACAGCCUCCACGCUGCAGAUGUCACUCAGUCCACACACGUCCUCCUGUCCACACCUGCUCUAGAUGCCGUCUUCACUGAUCUGGAGAUCCUGGCCGCUCUGUUCGCUGCAGCGAUCCACGACGUCGACCAUCCCGGAGUCUCCAAUCAGUUCCUCAUCAACACCAACUCGGAGCUGGCCCUCAUGUAUAACGACGAGUCGGUCCUGGAGAACCACCACCUGGCCGUGGGCUUCAAGCUGCUGCACCAGGAGCACUGCGACAUCUUCCAGAACCUGAACAAGAGGCAGCGGCAGAGCCUCCGCAAGCUCGUCAUCGACCUGGUGUUGGCCACAGAUAUGUCCAAACACAUGACGCUGCUGGCUGACCUGAAGACGAUGGUGGAGACGAAGAAGGUGACGAGCUCCGGUGUGCUGCUGCUGGAUCAUUACAACGAGCGUAUACAGGUGCUGAGGAACAUGGUGCACUGUGCAGACCUGAGCAACCCCACCAAGGCGCUGCCGCUCUACAGGCAGUGGACCGAGAGGAUCAUGGAGGAGUUCUUCAGACAGGGAGACAAGGAGAGGGAGAGAGGCAUGGAGAUCAGCGCCAUGUGUGACAAACACACCGCCUCCGUGGAGAAGAGCCAGGUGGGUUUCAUCGACUACAUCGUGCACCCGCUGUGGGAGACGUGGGCGGACCUGGUGCACCCGGACGCUCAGGAGCUGCUGGACACUCUGGAGGAGAACAGGGAGUGGUACCUGAGCACCAUGCCCCAGUCCCCCUCUCCCCCCCCG